AGAGGUCAGGUGCAAGCAAUGCACUUUGCUUGGCUCCUCCCUCCUCACCCUCAUUUAAAGUUUAGCAGCUGAGGGAGCAGCAUCUCUUUAGAGAUCUUGCUCUUCUCGAGAUGUCAUUGGUCUUCGGACAGGGUGAGCUGACUUCUUCUGUACUGCUUUCUAAACUAAAUCUUAAUGAGUGCCUUUAUAAGCUUGCUCUUGUCCUAGUAGAAGGCAUUAUAUCAUCUUCCAUUGCUGCACGGGGGGCUAAUUCGUAAUAUUGGUUUAACUACUUUUAAGGUGACUUUCAUUUCUCAGAAGUGAGAGCUGGAAAAUUACAUGUGUCUUCAGAGCAAAAAGCGUGAGUGGGAAUGUUUUAUGUCAGCGUGUUCAGAAUAAAUGCAACACUCAGUCUUCAGCCUCACUAUCAAGGGGACAGCUGCUUCUGACAGCUGCUUUUCACUUCUUCAGAAUAGUUUUGUCACUUAAGGAAAAUAGACCAUUGAUUUUUUUUUUUUUUUUUUAGUUUUUGCAGGCUAUGGUAGAAAUUGGUUAAAAUUUGAGAGUUCUGUUCAACAUUUUGGUUUUGUUGUACUGUGAUGGCUGGUGGUAGAAGUCAUUGUCCAGAAAGCACAGACAAACUUACGGUUUUGUUUUGGUUGGUUUUGAUUUUCCAGUAGUCUGAUCUUUAGCAGUGAUUUUAAUAAAUAGUUUAGGAAGAGCUUUCUGGCUCAUUCCAAAGACAUUGCUGAUAAGCUUGACAGACUAUUUUUAGGCAGGCUUUACAAAAUGCAUGUCCUAUUUCUGUGGUUCUGGUUUUUUUUUCCCCCUUCUUUGUUUAAACCAUUUAAGGAUUUUGUUGGACACAAAAUACAUUAAAUGCAGUGAAGUAAUCCAAUUUAGUAUUGGGAAAAAUCACUUCAAAAGCUGAAAUGUUUUGUUUGGAUGGUGUAAGAUGGAAGAAGAUCUAGAAAGAUAUUUUUAGAUAUUUAGAGAAUAACGAAACCUAAACUCUAUUUUUGGUGAAACUCGCUGGAUUUUCCAUGGUGUUGUAGGAGAAUUGCAAUCAGGCUCUGGAAAAUUUGUAUUUCAGAAAUGAUAUUGUGGUGUUCGUGCUUUUCACGUUGCACCAUUCCUCAGUUCUUCAUUGCUGUGUCUGAGUCCUCCAGUGACCAUUUCAAGGAGGAAGUAAGUAUGACUUCUUUCAGAUGUAGUUCAGACAAACAGCUGGUCUUAAGAUGUGGUACUACAAGGAAGAAUGUUCAGAUGAGCACAGCAGCUGCCUUGUGAGUGUUGAGGCUUCUUUGUUUCCAAAGUAAAUCAAUUGGAAAAUGGGGAAGUAGAUUGAAGUCUGUAGCUUUUCCUCUAUUGCUGCAGCUUGGUGUAUUCCCUGCCUGUGCUGUGUGAGCUGCAGCGCAUGUGUUUUUCCCAGUUGUGCUGUGAGGUGAUUGAGGUCUGAUUUAAGAUUGUUGUUUUUGCCAAAUGCUUUGCAUCCAGGAAAGCUCGAUUGAUUUUCAUAAAAUACUGUGCAGAAAAGCAGUUUUAUGGAGCAGUUUCGGAUGCAAACAAAUUCAUCUUCUACACUCACGUUACAUUGCAAGAUGAUGCCCUUCCACAGCUGUGUUAAUUCUGUAUUUCUAUACAUGCAUUUUCCAUUCUUUUUAGUGAAUUCACAAGUUUAAUUUCACUUGCAAGUGAAAAUUUUUGUGCACCUGUAAAGAAUAAAAGUGAGUGUAUUUUGUCAUGAGCUUUAUCUUACGCAGUUAGCACUGAUUAACAGCUGUUUGGGGAGCUGCAGCAUUGCUCUUGUUCAUUUUUAAGGACUGGUUUUAAGAUCAGCUUCUUUGAAGCAACUGAAGGCAACUGUGGUGUGAACAGCUUACAGUGUGUAUAACAGCUUAGUUUUUUCCUUUUAGGUGCAUGCAUCUAUUUUAAUUAAUAUUGUACUUUUCCUCAUAUGCUAUGAAAAUAUAUUGGGAGGUUAGAUGAAUGCUACGUGUCCUCUCAGACAUAACAAGUACCUCUUAAGUCAGCUUAUGGUACCAUUCAGUGUCAUGUCUGUGAACUCUCAGCUGAGUUUGGCUACGUGAAUAAAUGAGAGAUGGCCGCUGUCUUUGCUUAACCUGUGUAUUCUGCUCUGUUUCUGUGUCCGCCUGUGUAAAAGAAAUCUUACCUCUACAAGUAGCAGCACUUCCAUUCUAGAUUUCAAACUUAAAUUGCUGAGUUGAAAGGCUUUUUUUUUUUUUACUGAGUUAUAUUUGCAUCCAUGUUUACUGUUGUGGUAGGGCAUUGCUACAGACUGUCAUGAGGAGGUUGCUGCCGUGAGAGUUUAUGGUCCAGGGGGACAAUUAUGUAUGUUAGUGUGUGACUGUAACAAUAAGGGACUUAAGGAUUUGAAAGGAUAUCAUUUUCUUCCCUGUUGUUGGGGUCUGCCUUAAUUUUUCAUUCUGAAACAAAUUUUGCUUGAGGUAAGCUUGAGACUGUGUAUGAGUAGAGGAAAGCUUAACGUUCUUAAGUAAUACAGUUGCUCCAGAACGGGUUUGGGGAAGGAUUCUGUUGCAUAAGUGCAACCUGAGGUUUCCCUCUUGCCGGCGGCUCCUCUUGUUGCAGUGGAAUGUCACCCUGAUCCCUUCCCAUUGGCCAGGGGUGUUUGUCCAGAUGUUAGGCUGUUCCAUAAAAGAUAGAGAUCCCUGGGCACGGUGCGCAUUUGGGAAGUGCCGCAGCAAAGAAAAAUGACACAACGUGUUUAUUUGAUUAUCUUAUUUUUGUGUCUUGGAUUAAUGAAUCCAUUUGCAACUGGAAUUUUUAUGGACAAGCUUGCCAGCAAGAAGCUGUGUGCUGAUGACGACUGUCUCUACACCAUUUCCCUUGUCAGAGCAGAAGAGGAUUAUAAAGCUCCAGACUGCAGAUUCAUUAAUAUUAAAAAAGGGCAGUUGAUUUAUGUUUACUCAAAACUAGUGAAAGAAAAAGAAUCUGGAGAAUUCUGGGCUGGAAGUGUUUAUGGAGAAGAGUAUGAAGACCAUAUGGGGACAGUUGGCUACUUCCCUCGCAGUUUAGUCUCAGAACAACAUGUCUAUCAAGAAGCAAAUAAGACCGUUCCUACAACGGACAUUGAUUUCUUCUGUGAGUAGUGCUGAAGAUGGCUGGGCAAUCUCUAGGGUGCUAUCAAGAAAUGCUGACAAAGAAACUUGGAACCCUCCACCGAACACUAGCUUUUUUUUUUUUUUAAUACCUAAUUGUAAAAUAAGUCAUCUUUCAAGUGCAGAAGUUGAUUUAAAGGCAGUAAUUUGGGGUGAGGAAAGUAGUCUUAUACGGGAUUUAUUCGUUAGAAAUUAUUUACCUGCAUAUACCUGUGAAUGCCUCUAUAAGCCUUUGCAUUACUUUGAGUAGUGCAGAUUACAUGUAGAAUUAAAUGUGCCAUCUUGAUCUGCGUUUUCCUUCCAUAACCUUAUCUAAAUAUUAAAUAAACAUUG